AUGAAUAAUCAGGUAGGUCUUCAACUCUUAUUGUUGUAGUUUUUAGAAUCCGCCUCCGAAUGUUUAUAUGGGUGGUAAUCCCCAAUAUAUGGGUCAGCAGAUGCCGCCGCAACAAAUGGUGCCUCAGCAAGGCAUGCCUCAGGGCAUCGCACAACAGCCUCCAAUGUAUAAUCAAGGAAUGCCUAUGGGGCAAUAUUCCCAACAAAGGAUGAUGCAGCAGCAGCAACAACAUAUGAUGAUGGGGUCAGUCUGCCUGAUUUAUUACUUAUUUGAUCGUUUGGGCUAUGAUAUUAUUUAUCUUGUUUUAGAGAGCAUCAACAACCGAACAUGUUGCAACAGCAACAAAUGAUGGCGCAACAACAGCAGCAACAGAUGAUGUCUCAAGGCCAGUAUCAACGACAUCAGAUGGUCCAUCCGAGCUUCGGCCCUCAGAUUCAUCAGAAUUUGGAGCUGCCACUUCAACUGAAGAAGCCGAUCUUUGAGAGAGUCAAGAAUCUCCUCCCUCCCACGUUGUCCUUUGAAUUGUUGGAUAAGACUGAUGAAAUGAGUAUAAUUCAACUGUGUAUGCAAGGAAGGGAGAUUGUGACCGAACUAUCCAUCAGAUUUAUGAACGUUCUUACAACUCUGAGAAUGGGGGAUCGACGAAACCAUCUCACGGACAUUGAAGCCAUGUUAACUUAUAUUAGAUUCCUGUUUAAGAAGCUACUGGAAAUCAGGAUUAGAAUUGACAGGGCCAGGGUUAACGAACCAGAGGUCUCAGAUGAAAGUUUCUUCAAAUACAUCACAGAGAAGGAUGGCCCACCGGCAGAUGAGGCGUCAGAACGAAAGGAGAAGGCCCUCAAAACAUUCGAAACUAAUCGAAUAGCCAUUGUGAACAAAGGAAAUGCCAUCAAGAAACUGGAAUGGGUAUUCGCGGUCAUAGAUCCGCAAUAUCAGGAUAUGUAA